AUGGCGCACCAGACGGACGCCCAGUCCCCAGCGUCGAAAAAGCUCGGAUCGAAGCUCAAGAAGUCGAAGGAUUCUACAGAAGAGGGAAGUGCAGACGCACAGGAGUCCACUUCCAGCAAAAAAGAUGCCAAGUCCGACAAGAAGGAUAAGAAAAAACGCAAAUCCAUUUCCGAGGAAACGGCACCCGAGACAGACGGCGAAAUGAAGAAAAAGAAGAAGCGCCGCCAUACCGAAGAUGACAGCGACCAGAAUGGCAAGGAGGAUGAAUCGCACAAGAAAAGGAAAAAGCGAGUCUCGUUCGGACCCGGAACAAAGGAAUUCGAUGGCGACUCCGCAAGUGAGUCGGACGAAGCCGACAGCAAUGACGCCGCCGCUACCAACGAAGUGGACGCAGACGGAGCCGAAGCAGACACCGAAGACGUUGGAGACAAGACUGCCGAACAGAUGAAGCAGCGCAAGCGGGAGAAAAAGAAGCAAAGAAAAGACGGCACCGCGUCGACUCAAGCCCCAAUCCACGAGACGCCUAUUCUCUCGUAUCUGAGCCACUACCACCGAGCACGCGCGACAUGGAAGUUCCAGAAGAACCGGGAAACGAAUCUGUUCAAGCACCUGUAUUCGCUUGAGCAUGUCCCAUCUAAGUACAACACGUCGCUGCUGGCGUACAUGCAGGGCCUGAAAGGUGAUGCCGCCAAGCAGCGACUGAGCGAUGCUGCGCGGGACGUGAUCAAGGCCGAUAUGGAUCUUGACAAGCCGAAGGAGGAUGAAGAAGUGGGGAACCAGGAGCCUUCAACAAGCCCCGAGUACCUGGAAGCUAUCAAUGCGUUCCGCGAGUGCUUGCCAAAGGGAGAUGAGGAUUUGGACAACUUCAACUUCGGGGAAAAGUUGGAGGGAGACGUUCUAAAGCGUUUACCGAAGAGGCAGCGAGCAGAGCUGGUCUUUUUCGCUGUUGCCGGCAAGCUUUUCAGCGCGGAGGAUUUGAAGAAGCCGAAAUCGAAACCGAAACCCAAGGCUGCCGAACCCCCGGUAACCAAGAAGCGGAAGAACAGAACCAUGGUCGUUGAUAUCAGCAGCAGCAGUGAGGAUAGCGAUGAUGAUGCCCCGGCUUCGAAGAAGCCUGCUAGCAAGCCCGCGCCGGAUAACGAUGACGAGACCUCAUCGAGUGGCAGCAGCAGCGACAGUGAUGACAAGUCGUCUGCUGCCCCGGCUUCGGCCAAGAAAAGUGCCGCGAGUGGUGUUACAAUGUCGAAGAAGGAAAGCAAAGCUGCCAAGAGGAAGGAGAAGUUUGUACCAGUUCGUGAAGCAAAGGUACAGCCUGCUGUGCCGAAGAAGACACAGAAGCGAAAGCUCAGGACUGCUCAGAUCGAGAUCUCGAGUAGCGAAAGCGACAGCGACUAG